UCACACAUACAGUACUUUCUUUAAAUAAUAAAGUAUUCCCAAACGUGCCCAAGACGUAAUGUGACGCGUCGGACAGUCCCGGAAGAACACGCCCAGCCCGUUGCUAAGUUACCUCGCUGACUGGCACUGCGGCCCGGCAGAUUUAAAUCGAUCAACAGGAACAGUUAUUAGGCCGAGCGCGGAAUUCAAUCCAGAGAAACAAACAUUUCCCCGCUAACCGCUGGCGUUAGCCGUAAACACGGCCGCGGGCAGUCUAAUGACGUGAACGGAGACGACGAAACACACCCCUUUUGUUAUUGUGUUUUUUCUGCUUGUUUGUUAUUAAAAGUUUGGAAAUGUUGCUCCGGUCGAGAAAGAUCCAAGCCCGACAACCAAGGCAGCCGACAAAGGAGCCGACUACACCCCGUACCCCUCGCCGGUCGACCGAGAGCCACAGCAAGACGCCCCGGUCCACGAAGAGAGGCAGGAAGGCGUCUAAGGAUGAUGAUGAUGUCCUGGCUGGCCCGGUGUGGCAGGACUGUGAAGACAUUGCUCAGUCUGCCAAGAAGGGAGGCACCAUGCAGACUAGGAGCCGUCUCAAAGCAGAGAAGGAGGAGGAUGACAAUGAAGAGUUUAAAACUCCACUGCGAGGACGACGGUUGCAGGUGAGGUUUGAGAUGAAUGAAGAUUCCCCAAGGAAUGCUGUUCGGAAAAUCUACUCUCCCAUCGCCCGCUUCUUAUCCCUGUCCCAGGGUGAUGACAAAACACCAUGGCGUCAAAGGACGAAGACUCGGAACCAGAACCGGGGAGAGAUGGAAUCCAAUUGCUUCAGCCCAGUUCUCGGGAAUGAGGAGGACAAUGAGGUUUUCAACCCAUACACCUUCAUACAAAACAUCCCAUCCCAAGUAGGACAGUACAAAAUCAGGGAUAUCCCACUGAAGACAAGGCGCAUCCCUGAAAGCACACUGGUUCUGGAUCUGGAAGAGACUUUAGUCUACAGCUCCCUGAAUGUAAUUGAGAAUGCAGAACACACUUUUCUCACUCACUUCCAGGAUCAGCAGUAUAAGGUCUACAUGAAUGUGAGGCCCUAUGUGCAAGAGUUUUUAGAAAGGAUGUCCAAAGUAUAUGAAAUAUUUGUCUACACAUCUGCUAAAAGGGAGUAUGCAGAUGAGAUUUUAGACUUGGUGGACCCUCAGAAAAAGUUAGUUCGACACCGCUUGUACCAAGAAGACUGUUUCUGUGUGCAGGGGCACUACAUCAAAGACCUUACAGUGCUGAAGCGGGACCUGGCCAAGGCUGUCAUUGUGGGAAAUACCCCCUACACCUUCCCUUACCAGCUGAUGAACAUGAUCCCAAUCCCCAGCUGGUAUGGAAACAAAGCAGACCAAGAGCUCCAGAAGCUGAUUCCUGACUUGGAAAAGUUGUCUGAAACGGAUGAUUUUCAAGUCGUGUUGAAGAGGAGAGCGGAUCAGUUGCACAGACUGUUAUCUGAAGAUUGACGACAUUGUAAAUAUUAAACUUAAGUAACCGGCAGAUAUUAUUCUCCUUUUAAAACAUGUCUUAAUCUGUUUUAGAAGACCUAUCUCCCAGUUCCUUGGCUGGUGCUGGGUUUAGGUUGGUCUCUGUCAAGGUAGCUUUGAGUCACCGCUUCUUAGAUGAGCUGUAGGUUCAGAUUGUUUAUAAUCUUCAAAUAAGCAUCUUGCCAACAAAGGGCUUUUCUAUACUUUGCAGGUUCUAGAAGUCGUCACCUGUGUAGAACCAUAAUUCUGUGUUGGCAUACAUGUAGUGGAGUUUAAAUCCUUUAUCCACGAAGAAUUAUAGCGACCCAGAAUAAGAUACAAAUUGAGAGGCAUGCUGGAGAUGAAGAAAAGACAAUUUAACAAAAAAAAAGUAGUUAGUGUAGCCUUUAGUUAAUUUAACAAACAAAAAAUGCCUUUCCAGGAAUGCUGUAAUUUAUUGUAUAUAAUGUGUGAUGUGGUUAGCGUUUGUCAUUUGUAUGUGUCUUUUUUAAUUUAUGCUAUACAAUUGUGUACAUUUUUGUAAAACUGCAUUUUUUUUAUUUUGUAAUGCUAGAGCACAGAGUUGCAUGCUUUGCAUUUGUUUGCCUACAGUUUAACAAUUGACACCUGUUGGAACACUGAGGCAUCACAUUCCUACCGCUCUCACUGGGUGUCGCCCUCUGGUGGACUUGGCAACAGUGACUUUGCCAGCGAGAGUACAUAUUUAGUUAGUUUCUAAAUAUGUGUGUUUUUUUAAUAUAUAUGUAUGUUUUUGACACCAGAAGUCUAGUUUUCAAUGAUGGUCAUUUCUGAAGGCUAAGGUGUGUGUUUUUUUUCUCUAUAGCAUUUUUAAAAUGAGAUUGGCUAAUUUAAAUAUGCUUUCUAAUAUAUUCUAUUCUGCACAAGUUGUGCUGUUUCAGCCUGGUUUGCUUGUCAGGUUGGUUUUGAUUUAAAUAUUGUUUUCCCACCAACAUGUGCUCGACACAACUCCUGAUAGUAUUUUUAUCCUGAAAAAUAAAAUGAAUUAUUACUGCUACCUGAUGCUCCGUGUACU